AUGGCGGGCGUCCGGGAGGAGGUCUCAGUGUUCUGUACCCCGGGCACGUGGAACCACAUUUGCAACGGGAAAGCGGACAACAGCGAGCUGGGUGCCUUCGGCAUCUUCGAUGGAGGCGUCUCUGACCUGGAAGAGACAAGUGAGGCCGAGGACUGGAUGGAUGCUGUCGCCCGAGAAUACCGGGAACGAUGUGAACGCAACCGCGAAGUGCCGCAGGCUCGUCAGGAGGCUCCCGCGGGCAAAGCUCCUACCAAUCCCUUCGAGCGGCUCUUCCGCGCGCGGGAGGCCGGCAGCGACAGCCGCAAGCGCCCCAGGGUGCAGAGCCUACCAAAGCGCCGCCACUCCUGCUCAGACACGGAGAAGGGCUUGGCAGACCGCCGUGCGGCAGAUGAGGAUCGCUUGGAAGCCUUCCGCCGGCGGGUGGCCGCACAGCCCCCCAAGAGCUGCGAGGAGCUGCCAUGGCCUUCGGGCCCGCCAGACAACCCGGUGCACCUGCACUCCAAGAUGCCCAAAGAGCUUCUUCUCUCCACGCUGCGAGAGGCGCUGCGCCGCUGGCAUCCUGACAAGGUGCUGGCGCAGCUCGCGCAGGCGCUGCCGCCGGUCGAGAAGGAGAAGGCGGCGCAACGAGCCACGGCCCUGGCACAGCAGCUGACGGCCACCAAGGCAGCCUUUGCGGCGCACCUUUGUGCAGUGGCCGUUGGCGACUAA